CUUUCUCAUCCGCGUUCCUUUACUUUGCAGUCUUCAUCAAUCGACCAAGUCAAUCUUCGAGGUAUGUAUACUACGAAACUGGCUCGCAGCGAUUCGAAUCCAGAAGGAUGAUGCUAUUCACCGUGGCAAGGGAGAGCAAUCGAGGGUGUCGUUUUACGUGAGCCGAUCUUUCAACAAUGGCCGGGUUUUAUUCACGGCUGGCGACAGUUCCUCGAUACGCUUCUCCUCUUCAGCACUGGGCGGCAGAACCCUCGCGAUCGAUCGUUGAGGGCACUCUCCUCGCUCAUGAGCCUUGGAAAGGCUAACAACUAUAUUUCAUGGCAGAUACCUCAUUUCCCGUCCCGACUUGAGAAUCUCCUCAAAACACCGCCAAAAUGGUCCGCACUUCCGUCCUCCACGAUGCGCUCAACGCCAUCAACAACGCCGAGAAGGCUGGCAAGCGCCAGGUCCUGAUCCGACCUUCUUCCAAGGUCAUUAUCAAGUUCCUCCAGGUCAUGCAGCGCCACGGAUACAUUGGAGAGUUCGAGGAGGUCGAUGACCACCGAUCCGGCAAGAUCGUUGUACAGCUCAACGGCCGCCUCAACAAGACCGGUGUCAUCUCCCCCCGCUACAACGUCCGCCUCUCCGAGCUCGAGAAGUGGGUUGUCAAGCUGCUCCCUGCCCGUCAGUUCGGCUAUGUCAUCCUCACCACCUCUGCCGGCAUCAUGGACCACGAGGAGGCCCGACGCAAGCACGUUUCUGGCAAGAUCAUUGGCUUCUUCUACUAAAUGGGACGGGAUACCAAUCAAAAAGUGAUUUUUACAAACAAAACAGGGCAUUCUCGGCGUUGAGGCAGGAUGAUGAUGACUAUGACCGAUGCGAUUAAUAGCAAUGUCGCUUAUCGCACACGCGAGCACAAGAAUUGAACCUAUACGAGAUGCUCAGACUCAAGACUCCCCAUGAAGUGAAAGUAAAGACAAACGUUCAUGCUCCUUCCUGACGUGGUACCCAUCUCGGGUGGUACAAUCCGCACAUAAGAUUGCUCUGGCUGUGGCUUCAGUAAUCGAACCUAUUGCAUAUGAAUUCUAUAAGUAACAAGAGACGUGCCUUUGUAACGCCGUUUGAUAAUUCGAUAUUGAUUUUCACUGGGAAA